CGUCCGCCAAACGCAUCCAAACCAGUUUUUAUUAUUCUAAUGAUCUGUCCAGGAGACUAAUUAUAUUAUGUGAGGAAACCGUUAAAUGCCUAAUCAUCUAUGCCCCGUCCCAAGGUCGACCCCGCAUCUCGACGGCGGGUAGCGCGUGCUUGUUGCUAUUGUAGGGUCUCGAAGCAGAAGUGCGAUGGCCUGACGCCUUGCUCUCAGUGCGUGAAACGGAAGCGACCAGAAGCCUGUAAACGCCUUGCUUCCGACGACAACAAGGAAGAAGCCCGCCCCCAGCCAGAUCACGCAUCCCCAGCCUUGAACCAGGCCGAACCAUCCCCCCCAGGUAUAUCAGAUGUGGUUACAUCGACCCCGUCCGCGCCUGUAGCAAUCUCGGGGGAUAGCGAGACGCCGUCGUCGGUACCUUGCCCGAGAGGUUUGCAGGCCAGAACCACGGUGCCAGAGCUUCUUGUGCCUCGAAUGUCUGGGAUGAUGUAUGAUAUGAAAGGAAAAGCGGUUUACCUAGGCAAUUGUGCAACACUACACUUUCUACAGAAUAUCCAGCAGCUGAUAGCCGAUCAGUCGAACGACGUAUUCUCAUCCUUGAACUCGGAUGUCGCCAAUAUGUCAUUGAUGGAGGAGCUACCUCCCUUCGAGCUACAAGAUAUGGAGCCUCAUCUACCUAGUGAUGUCGGAGACCUUAAAGACUUGGUUGAUGCCUACUUUACUUCUACUUGCGGUAUUAUUGAUAUUUUUGAUGUAGCCCAGUUCAUGUCUGAAUUUAGGCACUGGAUAAACGGUCUCAUCCCCCCAAAAUGUGGGACAGCUGCAGUCAUUUACCUAGUCGUUGCCCUCGGGGCACAAGCAAGGGGAUCAAGCCUGCUCGACAGUCGACGAGCACAGUCGUUCUAUCAUCAUGGGCGGCUGAUAGCGCUCCAGGAACUAACUAACGAUCCAACACUGGAGACGAUUCAGGCAUUUUUACUCAUUAGCAUGUAUAUGCUAGGAUGCAGCCGAAGGAACGGCUCGUACUUGAAUUUGGGAACUGCAGUUAGCGCUGCGAAAUCUCUAGGACUCCACAGAGACGAGGCCAAUGCAGCAUUUAGUAAGGAGGAACAGCAAUUAAGGUGUCGCAUUUGGAAGACACUUCGCUUCCACGACUUAUUUUUCAGUGCCAUGAUGGGCCGGACAUCUGCCAUAUCAGCCCGAGAAUCUAAUAUUUCCCAUGCUCAACAUCCAGUGCCAGAAUCACCGAGCCUAGAAUUCCUCCGCGCAAUAUCCCUUGAGGAAUCCGCCCGUGCCUUCCUAAUCAUUGAGAGGAUCAUCAACGAAGUGUACACCAAGCGCACCGUACCUAUAGCGCUCCUCCAAUCAAUUGGCGGCGAGUUGAAAGAAUGGAGUUAUCGUCUUCCUGCGGCCUUAAGAACGUCCGUCAAUCCGCGGCAUCCGAGAGAGUCGAUCUUUCUCUCACGUGAAGUCGUGCUAAGAAAUACGCACGUUGCCUGCUCGUAUUAUUUCGCGAUGAUGCUUCUCAUGAGGCCAUUUCUUAUUGCGCAUCUCAAGGCUAAGUCGAUGAGUUCAGGCCUGGGGCGGAGUGCUGCGGAAGAAAGAGAAACAGACGUGUCUCCCGAGAUUUAUGAUGGAGCAAUCGCCUGCAUCGACUCAGCAAUCUAUACGCUGCAGUUGCUCCGCGAGCUUCUCGUCGCCGAUAUGCUCUUCAAAAACAUGCCACUCGCAAUUGCAUGGAUCUUCGUAGCAGCCCUUGUUGUCAGCUCAUCUCACUUUGGCGGCAUAGGCCCAGAGAAAGAAAUUGAGCAAGCUAUUCGGAAUACCGACGAACUGCUACAUUGCUUUGCUGCGAAUAGCCCACAGGCGGCGCGUUACCACCAUAUUGUGAAGAGGCUGUUUAAAGCUGGCGUAGACCACCAAAACAGGCUUAAACAGAGAGCCCGACUAUCACGAACGACAGUGGUAGCAGAGCUGUUUCGACUGAGCCCUAGAGAAUCGACGGAGAAUGCGACAGACGGGGUCGCUCCGAAGGAUUCGGAGGAUGAAGAGGUGGCGUAUCAAAACCUUUGGUCCACACCACCGGAGAACGAACUCCCAAUCUACACAUCUACAUAUAAGGGGCAAAUGACUCCAGGGGCGUCGAAUAUAGCCCCGGAUGGGGCGAGCGGCCAGUUUAUUGGAUCCGGGGGAACCUCGUUGCAGGGCGGCGAAUACCCUGUUAGGCGGCAAAUGCCCGGAUUCGUUGCACAGACGCCUGGCCUUGCAGUGCACGAGCAGGAGGAUGCCCGUGCUCGUAUGGCAAACUUUGAACACUUGUUUUCCGGGCCGAUUGACUUCGGACCUAUGCUGGAUCAUAACUCCCUGAUGCUCACGGGGAGCGGGAACGGGAACGGGAAUGGGAAUGGGAACGACAUAUUUGAUUUUCAUUGGGUUUGACUGGACAUGGAGGCGAGAUCGCUGUAGGCGGCGGUAACCUGAUUACCGAUGGCGGAGUGAUGCCGCUCAAGGCUGCGCCGAGCGCUACUCUGCUCAUCCUUGAGGCGGAAAGGGGCUCAGAUUCCACGUUAUGCCCAUUGAGAGUAAUAGACAAGUGGAUUACAAGCAUGUGUAUGGCAGAGAAUACGGGAUGCCCAAUUCUCUUGAGUAUGUAACUAUUCUCCCCUUAGAUGGGAGAAAAUAUCUUAAAAAUGAUGAGA